AAAGAAGAAAAAGAAGAAAACCGGGAAAUAAUUUGCAGACAAGAACAAAAACAAAAAAUGAUCAGCAAUGAUUUACAUUGAUGCCACGCAAAGUUUCCAAGACAGACAAGCCUGCCCUGCAGUUCCGGGAGCGGCCAGUGGGGGGCGCCAGACUCCAGCACGUCCCUGAAGUCCGAGCUGCGCUGAAUCCCAGACAGUUUUUCACAGAUGAAGAUGCAGAGACGCACAACAACCCAGCUCUUAAUUCCUGGGUCAACCCACAGUUUGACUUCUCAGCAGUGGCUGCACCCCCAGUGAGACGAGGAAGAAGGAAAUGCCAGUCUAUUACAAGGAUCCUUGACAGUAGCAGUCAGUUGUCCAGAAAGAACAGUGUGUGCAAAUUCCCCUCAUUAUCAUUUCACACAGGGUCAAGAGAUCAGCCUCGAAACUCAAAGAAAACGCGGGCGAAGGAAGUAGCAGACCAUGCUGUAGUGUCUGAGGUUAAGAACCAUCCACAGCGAUCAUGUCAAAAGACUAUCGCAGCUUCAAGUUCGCACUGCUCAGAAACACCAAAGAGACAGUUGGACACAGUCAGAAAAAGGAAUACUGGAACAUUUCCUGACAGGGCUUCAUCCCAUCCGAGCUGUUUGGAUCGAGCUGGAAUUCAAUCUACAGAGGCGACUGAGAGAUGCAGAAUUCCAGCAGACGGUGUUUUAACACCUGUCAAUAAAGAGUUUAGCACUUCUGAGGUCAGCAGUGCUGGCCCACCACCUGAUGUGGACACUCCAAAAAUAACGCAGGAAGGGAGCAAUUAUUCCCUCUCUCCCUUCGGACUUGGAAGGCAGUGUACGCCGCCAUGCCACCAGCAACCUGAUAUUUUGGUAGCUGACACACCAGAGAGAGAUUAUGGAGUGAAGGUGACAUGGAGGAGGAGAAAAGGUUUCAUGUUGAUGAUGAAAGAGAGGGGCCACCUUUCUGAAUCAGAUGUUAUCAUUCCUAACUGAUGCAGUCCUAUUUUAAUUUCCUCCCAGUUGCUGAAACUGUUGUUGGUUUCUUUGGCAGCUCUUAUCUCACAAUAACGAGGGAGCUGUUUUUUUUGUUGUUGCACGGACUCUGUUCAUGCUCAGUAUUUAUGACUGUAUAAAUCAAAUAAUUAAUAAAUCACUCAAACUACAAAUUAAUAGCGGCAAUAUUCCAACAGCAAUUACAACCCCAGAUUAUGCUAUACUGUUAAGAAUGUUUUCAUUUAUAAACAGUCUUUAUAUUCAAGUCCAGUAUUUUAAUGAAAUAUAGAAUAAGGUUGAAUCCUUAUGAUAUGUUUAAGCUUUUUGGUCACUGGUUUAGGGAAACUGAUAACAUGCUGAAAGAAUCCUUUCAUAUCGACAAAUACACUGUAUUAUUCAAGCAGGCUUUUAUUCAGCUUUGUCAUGAAUGAAAAUAAAUAUAAAAACUAAAAGAUACAUUCGUGGCUAUUUUUGUGGCUACUUUUUCUUCAUACCAC